AUGGACGUUACAAAACGUAGCACCGUCUUCACCCAAAUCGCUUCAAGGGAGCUCAAUUCCUUCCGAGUUCGCAAACGGCCUUACAUGGAUGGAUUCGUCACUGGAUUCGUGGAACACGGUGCUGUUGGAGUUCACCACAGCGAAGAUGGUACCAUUCCCAUGUCCCUCUCUUUCUGUAAGACUCCCAAGUAUUCACACAUUCUGGCUUUAUCUGAUGAAGAUGGAUACCUAACCUUAUUUGAUUCGCGUAAAAAAUUCUCCGUAUUAUCCUCGUUUGAAGAAAAUGCAGAGAAAGCGAAGAUCUGUGAGUGGGUUUCGCAUCUUAAUGCCGUGUUUGAUAUCUGUUGGAUUAAGGAAGACACACAGAUACUCACAGCUUCUGGUGAUCAAACAAUGAAGGUAUGGGAUGUACAAGAAAAGAAAUGUAUUGGAGUGUUGACGGGGCACACAGGGAGUGUGAAGUCUAUGUGUGCUCAUCCAAAUAAUGCUGAUAUUAUUGUCUCUGGUUCAAGAGAUGGAUCCUUUUGUCUCUGGGACUUAAGAUGCAAAUCGGCAACUAGGGGUAGACAUGGAGAAGUUAGCAUAUGUUCAACGGCUGUUGUCAAAGGAGCACAUCUUUCAUCUCAAGCAAAACGUGUCAGAAAGGGCAAGGCCAAGUCCAUGAGCAUUACAUCUGUUCUUUGUCUUAAGGACCAGGUUUCCAUAGCCACUGCAGGGGCAGUGGAUAGUGUGUUGAAGUUUUGGGAUACCAGAAAUUUGAAAAGUUUUGUUACACAGGCAUCCCCUCGUCCUCAGUCAACAGAAAAGGAAAGAUUACAUGGCAUAUCUAGCUUGUCCCAAGAUGAAAGUGGUCUUUUUCUUUCAGCAUCCUGCAUGGAUAACUGCAUUUAUCUGUAUAGCAUCCUUCAACUAGACAAGGGGCCUUUCAGAUCUUUUCCUGGUUGUCCCAUAGAAUCAUUUUUUGUCAAGGCUGCCAUUAGCCCAGAUGCGUCUCAAAUAGUCAGCGGUUCUAGUAAUGGAAAUGCCUAUGUCUGGCAGAUUAACAAGCCCCAAGCGACGCCUGUUAUUUUGAAAAGUCAUGAUGCAGAGGUUACAGCAGUUGACUGGAACCGCUCUGAGAUUGGUAAAUUAGCAACUGCAUCAGAUGAUUGCACAGUUCGGAUUUGGAACCAAACCAAUUAUAUCUGCGACAAAAAGACUUCAUGUUCCAUCCGCAGAAGAGUAAUGGCAAUGCCUUGUACAGAAAGCAAAAUUCUACUGAACAAUGAAGAAAAGUAUCUAAAGUCAAUAGACAAUGAAUCAUUAGAUCCCCCAAUUAAGUUAGCCACUCCAAUCACACCACCUAAAAUUCUUGCACCUGAAGGGUGGCACAAGAACAAGUUGCCCACAGGAUUCAAUCAAACUUCAUCAUCUGAAAAGACUCCAGAAUCUGCUUUGAAGAGCCCCUCAUCUGUUUUGAACCCUCCAUCUUCCUUGAAAAGAACUAUCCGGGACUACUUUUUGGCAUCUUCAUGAAUCUAAUAUGCUUGUUAAACUAACUAACUUUUGUUGUCGACUGACAAGUUGCACAGUGGCAAGAGUGGUUUGGAAUUCAUCAAAUCAUAUUUUUUUGGUUAUAUGAAAUGUAAAUUGCUUCAAAGGGUUUGUUAGUUGUAUAGGACUUCGUCUGUUGGAUGAUUCUUAAAUCCUAAAUUCAGAUCAAGAAUGGGAGGGGGAAGAUUACAUGAUGGACAAAUGUAUAGUUCUACUGAUUUGCUAAAGACAUUGGGUGUGUACGAUAUCUACUUGAUGAGCUUUGACAUGUGGCUGUGACAAUGUUCCGAGCAACACUUAGGUUAAAGAUUGGUGCCCUACUAAACUAUAUGAACCUAAGCCUAAGUUGCUUGGUAGGUGCAUCACAAUCCCUGAUCCCGGGAUUUUGAAACUAGUUUUGAUUUAUCUUGUUGGCAGUGAUCAUUUCAUGAAUAGCAAGAUUGGUAGAUGAAAACAUUACAUUGCUAAAAUUGAUCAAAGUAGCACGUAGUUGAUUCUUGAUGAGUGAAAAAUGGUCCUUUGGAGCUUGUUUGUAGA